CAAAUCGUACAUCGUGACUUCCGCUCGUUAUGUAAAUAGUAAAGAUGGCGGCGUCCUGUGUCCGCCGUGCUGUCCUCAGUCAGACUCUGAGCAGGUUCAAGUGUUCAGGAGGACACGUGAGACGGAUCUUAGCUGUAAGACUGCAGACCAACUCUGUGACAUCACAGUCUGAGGAGGUGAAGCACUCGGCCUGCUGGGUAAAAAUCAGCAGAUAUGAGUCUAUCAGUACAAACCUCCAGAGUACGCAGAGUGGAGGAGGAGGACGAGGAGGAGGAAGAGUGCUGUGGGCGGCUGUCGCUCUCUCCCUGUUCAGCAGUACUGAUGAAGACCAACGAGAUGAAGCUCAGAGGAAAGAGGAUGAGUUGAUCCUGCUGCUGAAGAAGGCCAAGCUCAGUGUGCAUCGUGGACAGCUGCAGGCAGCUUCUGGUUUCCUCCAUCAAGCCGUCAUUCUGGCUCAUCAGACUCACAACAACCAGGCCAUCAUCUACACCUACAGCCUGAUGGCGAACCUAGCCUACGUUCAGGGUCAGCUGGACAAUGCAGAAAAACUCUUCAAAGCAGCGAUGAGCUUCAUGCUGUCAGGAGGAACACCUGAGGACGACAAUGCUGUCAUUGAGAUCUCUCUGAAACUCGCCAGCAUCUAUGCCGAACAAAACAAGCCGGAGCUUGCAGAGCAUGGGUUCAGGUUCUGUAUGGAGUCUCUGGAGGCCAAACUGGAGAAACAGAAGGAGAUCCCUGCAGAGGAGCAGACAGAGGACAGGGAGGCUCUGAGGAAGGACACCCGCCUCCUGCUUGGUCUAUGUUUGGACUCACGGGCUCGAUACCGAGCGUCAACGCUGCACCUGAAGCAGGCAGGGCAGGAUUAUCAGAGCGCCCUGAACAUCUGUCGCCUGGAGCAGGGAGACACACACCCACAGACUCUUGUGCUGAUGAGCGACCUGGCCACCGUCUUGGAUCUCCAGGGUCACUAUGACGAUGCCCUGGUGCUGGUUCAGCAGGCCGUGGAUCUGAGCCGUUCUGCCGGACACCCGGACCAGCACAUACUGCUGGCUAACAUGGCUGGCAUCCUGCUGCACAAAGGACACCUGGAGGACGCAGCGCGGUUCUACCAGGAGGCCCUUAAUCUGGCUCGGGAGGCCAGAGACCAGGAAGCUGUGGACAAGGUCCAGGAGGGACUGAAGGAGGUGAAGAAGAGGAACCAGGAAAGGAAGGAGGAGGAGAAGGCAGCACAGAAGUGAUGGAGCCCCUGAGUCCAUCAGUCUGCUGGUACACAGCAACAAACUGACCUCCAUUAUCCUGGUGACCCGUGACCUCCUGCAGCGCCUCCCUCAGAACAUCAGCUCCUACUGUUCUCCUCAAACAACCUCAUGUGCUGUCCAGCUCUGAGGAUCAGGUUCAUGUUGUCCAGAGGAGGAACCUUCAGAUUCAGGACAGUUCCAUAGAUUGAUGUUUCUGUGUUUGUGUGUGAAACUGAAGCUGCUCCUGAAAUAAAUCAGCAUCAUACAGA